UUGAAUACCACCCAAUUUGAGAGAUUCACGAAUUUUUUCUUUUUCUUUUUUUUUUUUUUUUUUCCUUUUUUUUACUUGUUUAUUCAUUUUUUUUUUUCCCCUUUUUUCACUUGCGAAACGAAAUAUUCAAGAGACGAUUCAUCUCGGCCAAUUAAAGCUCGCACAUGUAAUAGCACAAAUAACAAGAACAACAAAAAUAAUAAUAAUUAUAAAAAGCAUAGUGUUAAAAAAAGUGUCGAGCGCUGCAACUCUAUGGGAGUCGGUUCUCUUCGGACGUUUUUCCUCGAUUUCGAGGAAAAUUGAAAAAUCGUUCCUCAACGACGAAUCGGAAACAGCAGAAGCGGGUUAAGCCAGUGCUCGUGUUCUGCGUAAAAGGUCCAAAAGCUUCGAAAGUCCAGCAGGGGGUAACGAGGGAAGUAAUUGCGAGCAAUGGCCUCAGCGGCAGCGGAGCUGGUGGCAGAGCGGGAGCCAGAACCACGGAGUGACUUGGUCGUUGACGCGAACCGCAGCUUCGUGGGGGCCGAAGGCCUAGUGCGCAUGGCCCUCGACCAAUACACCGUCAUCCUGACCGCAGUCUCGGACCCAAGGGUCAGCGAAUGGCCGCUCAUGGACUCGCCUCUGCCAACCCUCAUAAUCGUCCUUCUCUACUUGUACAAUGUCACUCUGCUGGGGCCCAGGCUCAUGACCAACCGCAAACCCUUUCAGCUCAGAAACGUCCUCAUCGCGUACAACGCCUUUCAAGUUAUUUUCUCCCUUGGAAUGCUUUACGAGCACUUAAUGUCCGGAUGGUUGCUGGACUACAGUUACAAGUGCCAGCCGGUUGACUACUCGCACAACCCAUCGGCCCUGCGGAUGGCCAAUCUUUGCUGGUGGUAUUUCAUUAGCAAGUUUACCGAGUUUGCUGAUACGAUAUUUUUCGUAAUGCGAAAAAAGGACAGCCAAGUGACAUUCCUGCAUCUGUAUCAUCACUCGUUGACGCCCCUCGAGACCUGGAUAUGCGUAAAGUUCAUAGCCGGGGGCCACGGCACCCUCGGCAACCUCAUCAACAACGUGGUACAUGUGGUUAUGUACACGUACUACAUGCUCGCCGCUGCCGGACCCGAGUACCAAAAGUACCUUUGGUGGAAGAAGCACUUGACUACCAUGCAGAUGGUGCAAUUUUUCCUAGUGUUCGUCCACAGCGCCCAAGCCUUGGUGUUCGACUGCGGCUACCCGAGGCUUGUCGCAUUCCUGCUACUUCUCCACUCUGCCAUAUUCUUCGUCCUCUUCUACGAUUUCUACCUACAAGCUUACCGCCGAAAGCACAGACCCGCAGCGGUGGCUGACAAGCUCAAGCCCGAGUGAGCGGACGUCGACGCGAUGAGAUGCAAUCGAAAGGAAGAUCAUGGCAAUCAGUAGGACCAGUUCAAUCAUCUGAUGUACACGCAAAUUUAUUUAUUUAUUACAUUGCGUAUGUAGGUAUACUUAAGUAUAUGGCCAUGUACCUACCUACCCACGCGUAAUAAUGUGUAGCACUUCAUUGCAAGGGACUAGAGGCAGAGAUUCAAUACAAAGGAGCGGCAUUACAUGCUUAGUGUAACAUCAACGAAAUCUACUUACUGACUGAAAUAAAAUUUUAAAGAUUAUGUUUAACCACUGCUGCUGGUGUUGUCACGUGCUACAUGUUAAUAAUACGCAAUUAUGUAUGGUUGACUCAUCAACAUUUACUCGACUUUCCUUCACACAUUAAUAUUAUUAUUAUUAUUAUUAUUAUUAUUAUCAUCAUCAUCAUCAUAAUUAUUUUGUAUUUUUUUUUAUAAGCUCGCGUGAAAUCUAGUCCUCGUGCCGGCGCGAAAUGCGGUUUUCUAUAUGCUACCGUCCUCGUCCUCGUAAGGCCCUUACAACUUUGGCUGUCAUGUAAGGUAUACGCGUCAGAGAGCUCACGCGCGAAUCUUUUCCAUUUGUACUGCGCUUUUU